AUGUCCUUCGGCGGCGGGUUCGGCGGCUUUGGGUCGACCAACCAGAACACCAACUCGGGUUUCGGCUCUUCAGCAUUCGGCGCAAGUACUACAAACACUGGCUUUGGACAAUCCACUGGCACUGGGUUCGGGCAGCAGCCUGCUGCUGGUGGCUCAAAUUUGUUUGGAGCAUCUACAACUACUGGCGGGUUUGGUGGUGGGUUUGGUGCAUCCAAUAACGCAACUGCCACCUCAACACCCUUCGGUGCCGCCAGCAAGCCAGCUUUUGGUGCACCUGCUCCUGCGACAGGAGGAGGUAUGUUCGGUGGCGGUGCGUCGUCAGGAACCUUCGGUAACAAUGCGGCUACAUCGUCGCCUUUCGGGGGCGCAAGUUCCAACACUGGGUUCGGGUCAGGUAAUACAGGAGGCAGCAACUUGUUCGGGGCAGCUAAACCUGCAACCACGAGCUUUGGAGGGGGGUUCGGAAAUACUGGUGCACAACAACCAGCCAACUCCUUCGGCGCAUCUACCUCGACUUUCGGAUCGGCCGCCCAGCCCACAAACAAUGGCACAGGCUCUACACCUUUCUCUGCCUUCAUCGAGAAGGACAACGCAUCAAACACCAACAGCCACUACCAGUCUAUCACCUUCAUGCAGCCUUACCAGGCCUUCUCCUUCGAGGAACUAAGAUUGGUCGAUUACGCAGCUGGUCGCAAGUCUGGCAAUGCCAAUGCAUUCGGAUCGGGUGGUGGCCUCUUUGGUGCCCAGCAGAAUAAACCAGCAUCUUCUGGUCUAUUUGGAAGUACUCCUGCUUCGACCACCAACGCAGCAACAAGCACUCCCUUCGGCGCAUCAACAUCCAACACGUUCGGAGCCUUCGGGCAGCAGCAGAACAACACAAACUCUACAGGCUUAUUUGGCCAGCAGAGUAAACCGGCAACGGGCGGCAUAUUUGGAAAUCCUAAUACGACGACUUCUACUGCUCCGGCAUUCGGAAGCACUCCUGCAGCUUCUUCAACUCCAUUCGGAGGUUCCUCGACAGGAGGAUUCGGCCAGCCUGCAAACACAAACGCCACAGGCGGCACAGGUAUGUUCGGGCAGGCCGCCAACAACACUGCUAGUCCAUUCGGCGGGGCCCAGCAAAACGCCCCUGCUUCAAACUCGAGCAAUCUUUUUGGUGGAGGCAAUGCAUUUGGCCAGCAGAAUCAACAGCAACAGAACCAGGCUGGCACGACCAACAAUCUCUUCGGCGGCGGCUUUGGUCAAAACAAUCAGCAAAAGCCUAGUCCAUUCGGUGGAGCAGCUACUGGAACAACGAACAAUCUUUUGGAGUCCGGCUCGCUCUUCGGGGCUAAGCCCGCGAAUCUCUUCGGAGGAGGUCAAGCCAACCAGACUGGCACCUCGACCGGGCUAUUUGGAAAUGCACAGACCCAGCAGACCAACAACUCUGGAGGUCUCUUCAAUCAAGCAGGCAACAACAACCAAGCUCAAACUGGCAUGUUUGGGGCUAAGCCUGCAGGUGGCUCACUAUUUGGGUCUAACCAGAACCAGCAACAGAACACAGGUGGCAGCUUGUUUGGGGGAAGCACUCAACAAUCUGGCCAGUCUAAUGGAUUAUUUGGCCAGAGCAACCAGCAACAGUCUAGCUUCGCUGCUACUCUGUUGACCAACCCAUACGGUAACGACCAGCUCUUCAGCAAUCUCGGAAACCCUGCUCCUGCUGUGGGACCUCUCGCUACACCUCUUUCUGGAGCGCAGAAGCCGGCUAAGCGCCCUGCUGCACUUCCACAGUUCAAGAUCAAUCCCAGCGCGAGCUUGCGUCUCAUCACUCCUCAGAAGCGCUCAAACGGCUAUGGAUUCUCGUACGCUACUUACGGUACGCCUGGCAGCGCACAGAGCUUCACAUCUAACGGCCUUGGAAGUAGCUUGUUGCAAUCAGGCGGUCUGAGUCGCUCUUUGGGCAAGAGCUUCUCCACUAGCAACCUCAACAAGAGUGUUGGCAGUGGUGAUAGUGUCCUCGCUCCCGGAGCUUUCACACCCAACAACAGAUCAUACACAGGCGGCAGCAUUCGUAGACUGAAGAUUGACCGUAAUCUGAGAACUGAUUUGUUCGGCGACAACACCCCUGUCGAGCCUCCUACUAAGCGCGUCAGCUUCGAUGAGGGUGACAAGGGUAAGGCUGCGACAAACGGAUAUGUUGAGACUCCUGCCAACAGUGCUCUUGUCCGUACCGAGACUGACGGAGCUGAACCAUCUUCUGAAGACCUUGGCUAUUCUCGCGCCGAGCGCCCUGCAACCAACGGUGCAUCGGUGAAUGGCACUUCCGAACUUGCAAUUGUGCCUGAAGAUGGACCUGCUCCCGCCUCUUCCUCCAAGUCUGUUUCUGCAAAGGACUUGCCACGCUCGCAGGCUGACCCUCAACCCGGAGAUUACUGGAUGAGCCCCUCCAUGGAAGAUCUCCGUAACAUGUCUCGUCAACAACUCAAGAGAGUUGAAGGCUUUACUGUGGGCCGCCGAGGUGUCGGCAAGGUCGAGUUCGAUCCUGUGGACCUUACUCAAGUCCCUCUGGACGAGAUCAUCGACGAUAUCGUCAAGCUUAAUGUGCGCCAGGUGACUGUCUACACCACCGGUGUCAACACUCCUCCCAUGGGUCAGGGUCUCAACGUGCCUUCCACCAUCACUCUUGAGAACUCAUGGCCUCGUGCUCAGGCUGGACGCCUUCCUGUCCACGAGCGUAAGGGCCAGCGAUACGAGAAACACAUCGAACGUCUGCAACGUGUUCAGGAUACCGAGUUCAUCAGCUACGACCCUGCAACCGGCUUUUGGGUCUUCCGCGUUCCGCACUUCACCACAUAUGGACUCGACGAUGAUGAUGAGUCGGACGAUGAAGCCGACUACGGCAGUGACAUGAUGAGCACUAGCCAAGAUGCUACUCCCAAGGGUAACAACACUGCUGUUCAAGAAAUGUCUCAGGCCUCAUCCGAGGAGGGUUCCGUCAUCAGCGAUGAAGACGAUGAAUCCAACCCUGAUGACACCUUUGACUUCAAGAAAGGUCCGUCUAAAAUCCUGCCUGGCAGCUUCGGUGCUCAGCCAAUUCAUAACGAUGACGAAAUGGCUGACGACAACGACGCUCAGGAUCAGGAAGAGGAUUCCUCCUAUCUUGAACAGCAAGACCCGCACUCGCAUGAAGACCAGUUCAGGUCUUCCGGCAGCAGCAACGUACCUCCCGCUGAAGCUGUCGAUGAGGAAAUGGAGGAGGGGAUGGACUAUGAGGAGAUGGACGGACAGGACAUGGCAGGAUCAUUCCCUGCACCUGCUGCUCAAGCUCCGUACAACGACUAUGGUAUUUCUUUCAGUGGAUCUCUUAUGCCUAAAUCAAUUCUCAAAGCAUCGACUAUGUUGAGUGGCACACCGAAGAAGGAUCUGGCGCUUGCAGGAGACUGGGCAGAACAACUUCAGAGAACUGCUAGCCCCAAGAAGCAAGAUCGUCAGGCUCUUCGCGAGCGUCAGAGUGUCAUAGGUGCAGCCCCUAUUGAUACCGCACCACCAUUGGCCGCGUCUAUUGCUGGCAAGGCUUUCUCUACAACUAUGGAUAUUAUGAACUCUCUUUGGGCACCUUCGGCUUCUGUCGCAGGUCAUGGGUUGCAAACAAGCACUGUUGGUGGAAAAGGUUUUGAGUGGCCCUACCAGAAGCAGUCAAGAACUGAAAAUGCCUUUGCCAACAUGGACGAACCCGAACGCGGUUUCCACACAUCUUUCAAGCCUCGCUGGGCUGCAGAUGGCACUCUUGUCUACGGCACUACCAACGCUGCCCCUUCACUCUCUGGCAAUAUGGUCGGCUCCAUGAAGCCCCUUGUGUCAGAACACAGGGACGUCCGCUUCGCCAGGUUCAACUCGCCGCAAGACACAGUCACCACAUCACUGCAGCUACAGCUACAGAAAUCGCCCAUCACUUCCGCUGAGACCUCUUUCGCUGCCAUUGCAGACAGCAUUGCGCACCCUGAAACACCCGAAGCUCAACACGAGCAUUCCGUUUGGCGAUUGGCUUCUAUCCUAUUUGAUCCUGUCGAGAUUGGAUGUGCCGACCUGAUCAAGAACAUUCCAGCCUCUCAAGUUGUGACGUUGGAAUCGCGCAUCCGCCGUGACGCUCUAUCGAACUUCUGGGCUCAACUUGUUCACGCAGAGGCUGCACAGCAUGCCAAGGAUGCAGGUACAGCAGAGGAGAAGGCUAUUGCGUUCCUGAGUGGCGACAGCAUCGAAGAUGCCUGUUCGGCGCUUCUCGAGGGUCGUGACUUCCGUCUUGCAACCAUUGUGGCUCAACUUCCCAGUAACUCCAAGUCGAAGGGAAUGAUGGCCAAGCAGAUCGAGAGCUGGAGAUCACAAAACAUGAUUUCUGAGAUGACUGAACCGGUGCGCGCCUUGUAUGAGCUCGUCGCUGGCAACACCUGCACUAGUGAAGGAAAGAGCGGCCCAGCUGAAGAUAAGGCUUCGGCUUUCAGCAUUUCAUCGCGCUUUGGCCUUGAUUGGCGUCGCUCCUUUGGACUGCGUCUCUGGUUCUCUGGCGCUAACGAGUCGCUCGCAGAUGCUGUGCAGCUAUACAUUGACGAGCUCGCUGCAGGCAAUGAGACUGUUCGCCCUGUACCUUACUUUACUGAGCAGUCACUCGCUCCUUCCUGGAACGAUACUGAUGCGCAAGGCAAUGAGGACACUUUGCUCGGUCUGCUAAAGCUCUACUCGAGACAGCCAUCUUCGAAUGUUGGCGACGUUCGUUCCCUGGUCACCAACCUUCUCUCGCCAGCAUCUGUCUCUGGCAGUCCACUCAACGCUCGUCUCUCGUGGCAGCUGGCCACUCUCCUCCAGAAGAAGGGCAUUCUCAGUACUGCUGAGUUGAGCGACGCCGCGCUGGAUCAGCUGUCUUUGACACUCUCCAGCCAACUCGAGGCGGCCAAUGAACUUGUCUUUGCUACCAACGUACUGCUGCACCUGACCAACGAGUCAUCUCGCGAGAAGCACAUUCGGGAUCUUCUCUACCGCCGCGCAUCCGCACUUUACGAUGCCGGCAACCCCGAUGCACUCCCCACCGUCUUGACUCAAGACUUUGGUCUGCCCGAACAGUGGCUCUGGCAUGCUCGUGCUCUGUACGCACGCUCCAUGCUCGAGGACCACAACGCCGAAGUCAGCUACCUUCUUCGCGCUGGUGAUUCAGCUCAAGCUCACACCGUGCUCUGCCGCACUGUCGGCCCCGCAGCCAUUAUUCAGCGCGACUACGACAGUCUUCGCCAGCUUCUCGAUCUCUUCCACAACACAAUUUCUACAGAGACACUUGAGUCUUGGCGCACAGGCGGUCAGGUUUACUCAGACUACACACGCCUGCUCGACCUCGUUCACCGCGACGACGAUGCCAGCCGUGCCACUAAGAAGGAACUGCUGGACCGCUUGACCGUCUCUUUGCCUGGCGUCCUUGAAGGCCGCGCCGGCAGAGUCGACCUCGAAGAGCGCGUUGCCAUUGGCGAGAUGGCUGGCUUGGUCAAGGCCGAAGUGGAGAAGAUGGGUAGGGAAGACAAGGGCGUGGAUAGAAGUCUCGUCAACAGACUUCCUGUUGCUGGUGCUAAGUACGCUACUCAGGGUGUUGAUCUCAGCAGGGCUUAUUACCGUGCCAUUGUUGCUUAG